GCGUCCUGCGCCGCGCCGCUGCGCGACCGCGGCGUCGCCGUCGAGUUCCUCGACGCCGUCACCGCGGCGGCCUGCGGCGCCCGCGCCUGCGCCGCCUACGCCGUCCACGAGGGCUUCGCGCUCGGCGACGACGCGCUCGACGCCCUGGUCGACGCGUGGCACGCCGGCGGCAACGCGGCCGUCGCGCGGUCCGCGCUGGAGCGCUACUACGGCCGCGGCGUGCUGCCGGCGGAGGUCGCCUGCGCGCGGUCGCACGUCGCCGCCUGGCGCCGCGCGGCGGCGCGCUUCGCCGACGACGCGGCGCUCGAGAAGGUGCUCGUGCUGGAAGACGACGCGGUGCCGUGCCUCGGCCCGGUCCGCGCGGCCGAUUGGGCCGGCGUCUACGGCGCCGCGUGGGCGGCCCUCGUGGCGCGCCUGGCCAAAACAACACUCCCAAGCGACGUCGACCUCCUCUACGUCGGCCGCCACCGCCUCGGCCCCGACGGCGGGCCGGCCGGCGCGGUCUGCUACCCGGCGGGCUUCUCGUCGUGCCUCCACGCCUACGCGCUGACGCGGCGCGGCGCCGCGCGCCUCGACGCGAUCAGCGGAAACUUCCUCCGGCGCGUCGUCCCCGCCGACGACUUCGUGCCCGCGCUCUGCGGCGUCCACCCGCGGCGCGACCUCCGGUGUAUCCGGCUCGGGCGGCCCGACGACGCGGCGACGUCGCUGCCCCUCAUCGCGGCGGCCCCGCACGCGGCCGGCGACGCCCUCGAGGACGGCGAGGACGUCGAGCUGUCCAAGUCGCGGCCCGGGAGCCGGCGGCGGCGGCGGCCGCGGUCGCGGGCCGCCGCGAAGCCGUCGGAGGAGGGCGCGCUCGCCGCCCGGGGGCCCGAGGCCAAGGUCUCGGCGACGCUCGCGGCGGCGCGGACCGACGCGGGCCGCGUGGCCCUCAUCGAGCGCCUCGAGGAGUACGAGCGGAAAUUCCAGGCCAUCCCGCGGGAGUUAAGGGCGACGAACUACGUGCGGCUGAACGAGCGCGUCGAGUACCCGCGCGAGGUCAGCGAGAAGAAGCGCGCGUCGCAGGAGGCGCGGCUCGCGCGGCGCUGCCGGGCCAUCGCCGCGCGCAACGUGCUCGAGGAGCGCGCCGUGACGCGGCUCCACAUGGAGACGCGGGAGCUGCGGGACGUGCGCCGGCUUCGGGCCGAGGAGCUCGCGCGGACGGUGAGCCGCAUGGCGCGCUACGAGGGCGCGAACCGGUCGAAGAACUUCCUCCGGGCCGUCAAGGCCGCGGCCUGGACGGAAAAAAUGCACCGGAUUUUAGAGCGGAAGCGGCGCACGCGCGACAACCUGCGGGUCAUGCGCGCGACGCUGCUCAUGGUCCGCUUCAUCCGAAAGACGAACAAACGCCACGGCCUCGACCGCGCGGUCGACUGCGUGCUCUACGUCGCGACGCUCCUCAAGGCGCAGAACGGCUUCCGCAUGGCCUGCAAGAAGUUGUGCUAUUGCGUGACCUUCACGCAGCGCCACUGGCGGAAGCGCGCGAAGUCGUGCGACGCGCACGUGAAUUUGUGCGCGACGCAGUGA